AUCAUAAACAGCACCAAUCGGCUACCGUAAAUACUCGUAAUGGAGUGGCUGCCUCUGCUAUUGUUGCUACAUUUCAGCACCGACGGUGUUGCAUUGAAUGAAUGUAAGAGGUGUGAAUGUUGUAAAGGUGGAGCUACUCGUUGUAUGACGUACAACUCUGUAACUGAUUACUGUCUAGAUGGCUGUAUUAGUGGGUAUUUUUCAGCUCGUUGCACUCACGCUUGUGUGAACAAUUGCCUGCUGUGUUCAGAUGCAUUAUCCUGUGUAAAAUGUACAGAUGGAUACUAUGGUUCAUAUUGUAACAAAUGUCCGGAUAACUGUUUAAGUUGUUCUAGUGCAAACACAUGUAAUAGCUGUAAAGAUGGAUUUUAUAACGGAAGACUUAAUGGCAGUGAUUACAAUUAUCUUGAUUGUAGACAGAAAUGUCAAGCUGCCUGUUAUUCAUGUACAUCGUAUUACACAUGCACCAAAUGUGUUGAUGGAAAAUAUAACGAUUUGCGCAAUGACUGCUCAGAAAGCUGUAAUGUGGCAUGUAAGGCGUGUACAUCGUAUAACAACUGUACCAAAUGUGUUGAUGGAAAAUAUUACGAUUUGCGCAAUGACUGCUCAGAAAGCUGUAAUGUGGCAUGUAAGGCGUGUACAUCGUAUAACAAUUGUACCAAAUGUGUUGAUGGAAAAUAUAACGAUUUGCGCAAUGACUGCUCAGAAAGCUGUAAUGUGGCAUGUAAAGCGUGUACAUCACAUAACAACUGCACCAAAUGUAUAGAUGGAAAAUAUGGGUCAUUCUGUCAAUACGAGUGUGGACUUGGGUGUCAAAAUCAUCAGUGUGACAUCGAUAGUGGGAGUUGCACAUGUUUAUUUAAUUUUAGAGGUAGUAAAUGUGAUCAAUGUGUCAACGGCAAAUAUGGUAAUAGAUGUGACACAACCUGUCCCGCAGAUUGCGCAAAUAAUUCAUGUGACGUUAAUGGUAACUGUUAUAGUUGCAAGACUGGGUUUACUGGAAACAUGUGUACUCAGUGUGCCUAUGGUAAAUAUGGAACUGACUGUAACAUUCCAUGCCCAUCAGGUUGCAGGAAUGGGAAUUGUAAAGAUAACGGAGAUUGUCACAGUUGCAAGGAUGGAUUCACGGAAAGUAAAUGCGAUCAAUGUGUCGCCGGUAAAUAUGGAAUCAACUGUGAACACGAUUGUUCGAAAAACUGUGACUUCGCAGUUUGUAAUAGCACAACAGGUGUGUGUAAUAAUGGCUGUAGAACUAACUAUCACGGCGAGCAGUGUAACCUGACGUGUACAACGACAUGCUUACCAGAUGACGAAGGUAGAAGGUGUUUUUAUACGAAUGGAAGUUGCGUAAAAGACUGUCAAAACGGAUACCAUGGUGAUAUGUGUCAAGACCGUUGCAGCGAAAACUGCAUCAACAUUAUCUGUACAAGGGCAAGUGGUGCAUGUAAGCUCGGCUGCGUUGGAGAGUUUGAAGGAAUCAAUUGCACGGAACCUAUUUCAGGGGUCAUAUCCGAUUCUUAUAACACGGAAGAUUCUUCGAAUGUUGGUGCAUUCAUUGGAGUUGGAGUUGGAUCUGUGGCAGUUACUCUUAUUGUUGUUGGAAUGGUCAUUAUAACAAGACGAUACCUUAGACAUGCACACCAAAGAAGACAAACACCAGAAAAUGCACACGAGUUAACAGAUGCCCUACGUGAUAACGUUAUAACAUUUCCUGCUUCGACGACUACACCAACAAACAAAGAUUCUGACUACGAAAAUACACCAGUUCCUGUAUACGAAGAAUUAAAACAGAGUAACACAGAUUCAAACACAUAUGAUCGCAUUGAUGGUACUAGCUCCAGCUAGAGAAAACACAUUUCUGACGCUCAUUAUUAUUGGACGUAUGUGUCAUUUUUGGGUACAUAAGCAGAAAUCAAUACCUGUACAAUAUCAGUAAGGAUCUCUUGAAACUAUUAAUCUCUGAUCAUGUGCAUAUAACACUAUCGGAAAAAAGUAUUUCCAUUAAAUUUACAAUAAUAAUGUGUGAAUGAAUUAUGAAUGUCGCACCAAACUCGUAAUAUUUGUAAAAUGUUACACA